UGUGUAUAAGAAGGGCCGAUUGUACAUGUGUAAUGCAAGCUCCACUAUAUUUGAUGGACUCAACAUCCAAGCAAGUGAACAAUGGAUUGAUGGCUUAAAAAUUAAACUCCUGUUGAAUCCAGGUGGGCAAGCAAUCAUAAUGAAGCCAAUUUACAUCUGAAACCUGAUUGGUUGAUUAUUGGCAUUACUUGCUACAUCAGCACUUAACAGAUUGAAGAAACAAUGGAAACUCCAGAAUCUGAUGGUUUUCCCCACAAGUGUUUUAGCCAAUUCUUUCUGAAUUGUCUUAAAGACUUACACUCAUCCUCACACAUUCUGGGGGUGACUUUUUGAAAGCAUGACACCAGAAGCAUCUUCCGGAGAGGCACUGUAGCCCUCCACUAAUGAAGAAUGCCCAAAAUGUUAACUUAAUGAGUUCUCACAGUGAAGAAAUAAACCGAAUGGAAUAAUUCAGACACUCUCCUUCCGUUCCAAACUAGGUGCUACCUGACAAAAAGUGACCAGCGAGCCCAUCAUGUCUACUAAGAAGCCAGAAUCACAUAUCAUGUCUUCAGAGACCUCUGAAGAAAGCCUGGAAGAAGAGAAUAUCUUGAAGAGAGUUGGCAGUCUGCCUCUGGUAUGCUCUGUCUGUGACCUGGUGUCAUCAAACUACACCUCCAUUAAAAGAAAAAGUUCCUACCUUCAGACAGUGUGUAAUGGGGCAGAAAAAAGUGUCAAGUCCCUCACCGGAGCUGCAGUGAGCAGGGCACAACCACUUUUGACUACACUCGAACCUCAACUUGCAACAGCAAACAAGUAUGCUUGUCGGGGACUAGAUACAGUAGAACAGAAGUUGCCUAUUCUUCAACAGACGGCUGAUCAGGUUGUCUCCGAAACAAAAGAGAUGAUGUCUUCUAAAGUUGCAGGUGCAAAGAGUGCUGUGACUCGUAGACUGUCGGGGGUGGUCUGUAUGACCAAAGAUGCCGUGCAGGGUAGUGUGAAGACAACAACAUCCAUGGUGACUGGGAGUAUGAGUAUGGUGAUGGGAACAAGAAUGGGACAGAUGGCCAAGAACAGUGUGGAAGCGAUGCUGGGCAGGUCCCAUGCCUUUGUGGAUCAUUAUCUCCUUGUUGCUGAUGAAGAUACGAUUGAAGUUACAACCUGUUGCCAAACAAAAGUAAGGGAUUCCAUGCAGCAAGUGCAGAGACAGAUAACAUGUGAUGGUUACUUGUCCUGCUUGAUCUCCCUGUUGAACAAAUUCCAUCGCUAUGCUUCCAGGCAAUCUAGGCACCGUAUGAGGCGUGCAAGCCAGAACUUCCAAAGACUCCUUGAAAACCACUAUCUGGAAUGGAAGGCUUGGCUGAUAGCCUUGUACUACACGAUAACACUCCCUCUGAGGACCAUCUACUUGAUCAUCCUGUUUACCAUCGAUGAAUUGUUGGCCGUGUUUAUUGAGAAUGUUCCUCAAGCCACUUACAUCCUCGAAGAACUCCAGUUGGCACUUGCCACACUCAGUUGCCUCCAGGAUCUCUGCCAAAGAAUUUUUAACCGAGUUUGGGAAAAAAUGCUGGAGGAGGAAAACUUGAAUGCACUCCUGAACUACAUUACACAAACUCUUCCAUUUUGUUUCUUAGCACACCACUGCAAAUGUAGGUCCUCCGCAGAGAGUACCAUCAAGGCUCUAAAGACCAUGAAGAAGAUACAGGCAUCAAGAGACAGUAUCUUCAUGCUGCAGGAAAGUGAAAGCAGUUGCAUGGCAAUGGCCACCUGAGACAUUUUCUUCUGUUGAAGAUUAAAAUGUAUGAGGUGUAGCUACGUGGCAUUUCAAAGAACUUGGUUGUUAGGUUACAUCUUUGGGCAAUAGCAAUCUUGCAGUACAUUAAUG